ACGCGGGAGGUGCGUUGUAUUGCCGUUCGCUGGGGAAAGUCGCGCUUUCGCUGCCCAGGUUGUUUCCAGCGUGUUAUUAUUUUCGUUGAGUGAGUGGAAAAAAUAAAGAAGCGAAGUGCUUUUACGGCGUAUCAGCUUCCGCCAGAUGAUCCACAUAAGGUACUGUUUUCCUGCCUAAAAGUGCAUUUGCUCCGUUAUUUUUGUGUUUUUUUGCUGUUCCCUAUCAACGGUCUGGGAAUAGUGACUGUCUGACUUAUUGGAUAAACAUGGGAAAGUUAUCCAGCAAGUGUUGGAGACCUCCAGUAAAAGGAGGACCUUUCGAUGCAGAAUUCACGAUGUCUUAUAUAACAGGUCCUCACCUUGACACUGGGCAAUGGCUCAAAAAGUUGGAUUUAAAAGAAUACAAUCAUAUAUUUAAGAGCUAUAAUGGUGUAGAAGAUAUUCUAUCGCUUUCGGAAAAAGAGCUGAAAUCUCUUGGUGUGAAGAACAAUACUCAUCGUACAAGAAUGAUGGCAUCUCUCAUUGUUUUGAGGGACAAAUACGACAGAGCGGACAGUCUGAUUCGUUCAGUGACGGCUCCCAGUUCUGUUCGCCACAGUCUGGUCCACAGUCGCGAUAGUAUACACAGCAGUCCGUGUUUUCGGAGCCAAAGGCUUAGUGUUCCGGUGAGCAGAAGGUCCAGUGGAAGGUUCAGUAUGGAACCAUUGACUGGCACCGAAGCCUCACCCGAGGAACUGAAGAAGGCUCUGGAAUGGGAACUGAGCUUGGACAACAAUGACUUGCGAAGUCAUGCCUGGUACCAUGGGACGAUACCGAGGCCCAGGGCCGAGGAGCUCAUGUCAGACGAAGGGGAUUUCCUGAUACGGGAUUGCAUAUCACGACCCGGGGAUUACGUUCUCACCUGUCGAUGGAGGGGCACCUCCCUUCAUUUUGUGAUAAAUAAGGUCGUGUUCCAACCUUUCACAGUAUAUGAGAAAAUCCAAUAUCAAUUCGAAGACGAUUGCUUCGACACAGUUCCUGACUUGGUCACAUACUACGUUGGCAACAAACGACCCAUCUCGGCGGCUUCUGGUGCUGUGAUAAUGAGACCCGUUAACAGGAGCAUGCCACUAUCCUACUACGCCACCCGCUACGGUUUGGAAUGUCAGAUGCAUUAUGCUGCACUGGCUCUGGAGAAGGUCGCUGGAAGUCAAGAAUCCUUACCGGAGAACAGUGUGCACUGUGGAAGCAACGAGAAUUUAACCACUGAGAGGCGGCUGUCCACUCCUGCUGAAGUAUCCAAGUCAAAGGAUGAAAUGCACCAAAGUGGAGUGGCAACUAUGCCUCGAUCAACAAGUGAUUAUCCCAGAAAAUCUCUACCAAACUUCUCCACACUGCAGCAUAGUGCUGGUUUACAUUCCAAAAGAGAAGUUGCUGGCAGUCCUCUCUCCCUUGAUAAGAAAGAACAAAAGAGCAAAUCCAGUCAAGAAAGUGUUCCUGAUGUCUUUAUAACUCAAGAAGAAAGCAAGGACGAUGUUCCCCCUCCUAAACCUAGUCGUAUUCCUUCGAAAAAGUAUGGUACUACGUACUCAAGUGACAAUGACACCAAAUCAUAUAGCAACGAUGCCUCACAAGCUCCACAUUUCUAUUCGGAACUCAACUUCAUCAACAAGCCAUUGAAUGGUAAUGUGCAGAGACUUGAAGGAACUGACUCAAAGAGCGGCUCUGACUGGUCGAAUGUGCACAUUAAAAUUGGCUCCAGAGAUGGGCCGGACGAGUUAAGGAAGUCGAGGGAAAUUACAAUCCCUGAUGUCGAUCCUCCUUCCAGCUUUGACCUUUCGACCUUCAGCACAGUUCUGUUGGCUAGUGAGAACAAACCUUUGGAUCCCCCAGCGCUGGCAAAGAUGCGGUGCAUGAUACUGGAAGGUGGAGCCAGAGUUAUUGCCAGCCAUCUUACCAGGGAUGAUUUGGAUAUUUUAAGGCUGAAUCGAAAUGAAGAUUUAGGAGUAGGUGUCCUGACUGGGUUUGAACUAAUAGUUUUACCUCAAGGGCAACAGCUAAGACUAGACCUGUUGGAAAGAACUGAAUGCUUGAAAUUUUUUGUGGCUAUCACAAUAUUAACUUGUGGGGAUGAAGAUGUUCGGGCGCAGGUAUUGAAUAAAUGGAUACAGAUUGCAAUUGAAACCAAAACUGCUUUGGGUAAUCUUUAUGGUUUCACAGGUAUCAUGCAAGGCCUGGCUUUACCUCAGAUUUCCAGAUUACGAAGUACCUGGUUGAAGUUACGACAAACUUGUACAGAAAAUGCAUUUACAUACGAAACCAAACUGAGGCCUACUCUGAAAAAUAUGCAGGAAUGCUCAAACCCUCAAGCUCCUAAUACUUGCAUUCCAUACCUUUUAUCACUAAUACUUAUAUUGCAACGCCAUUUAGAUCUGCAAUCUAGUAUAAUAUGUCUAGAAGAAAAAUCUGUUAGUGUACCUUUUGAAACUUUAUCAUCUACAACCAAGGAAAAAGGCAAAGUACUUAGUUUAGGUUUACCAUGGGAACAAACAGCUGCUGACUAUGGACUUCAACUUCUCCUGACCCACCUUGAAAUUGGGAGAUCUAUAACACAACAAUGGCCAAUGUACAAGAGAAAUAGUGAAAUUGUAUUGGAACAUGUAAAGUAUGAUGACUUGAUGCUGGAUAUGUUCAGGACAGAAUUUCAGAUGAAGUUCUUGUGGGGAAGUAAGGGUUGUUAUGUUGCUGCCAAAGAAAGAUACUCAAAAUUUAACCAAGUAUUAGAUGUUAUGUCUGAAAGAUGUGAACCUGAUUGAGAAAACUUCCUACUUAUUGAAUAAUAUUCAGGGUUUAAAAAUUUCCAGUAAGUAUGCUUGGAUGUUGCUGCUUUAUAUUUGCUGUGAUUUUUUUUUUUUAGCUUGUAAAUAAUUAGUUGGUGAUAAAAAAAAAUACGCACUACUCUUGUUAGUACAAACUUUUCUACUUUACAGUGUCACAUGGCUUGAGAAAAAUAUUCAGAAAUAUUUGAUAUGCUCCAUUUCGUAAAAUUUAACUUUUGCAUGAAGAUUAUUUUUUUUUCCUCCAGUCAAUUAAGGUAACAUAUGAGUAAAAUUAGGGAAAUACUGUACAACUAUUAUACAAUAUUUGCAAACCCGUAUUGUUCGCUGGAAAGAUAUUUUCUAUGAAUUUUAAAGAUUUCACUUUGUUGUAUGACUCUAGCUAAACUGCAAUAGUAACUGUAAUAAAUUCAUAGCUCAUAAAGUACUUAAGAAAUGCUAUGCUCUAAAUUUUAUCCAUCUAUCUGAUCUCUUUAUAUUGUUGGAGAUGAGGUCUCUUACUUCAGCUAUGAGAAACCAUUUAGUAAUUAUCAGUAUUUGCAUGAAAUGAUAUAUAUACAACUGGUAACUUUAAUAUGCUUGCCACGAAAUGAUUAAACAAAAUUUUCAAAUUUCUAACAUGCAGUUUCUUAAAUUACCAUUCUUUCUUUUCAAUCUCAAAUGAAGAUAAUAAUAAUUAGUGUUUUUAAGAAUAUUAAAAAUGAGUAUUAUUAAUAAUAUGUCCUAAAACAUAUUCCAAUAUACAAAUCAUUAUAUACUCACAAAUAGCUGUAGUGUUUUUAUUUAUUGUAAUGUGUUACAUCCGAAAUAAUUUGAAUGUAUUACAACAUCACAUACAUAUAUAAAAACAUUUGGAUAUUGUCACUGAAUGUUUAAAUUUAGAACAUAAACAAUUUUUAAAAUUGGGCAGAUAAAAUUACGUCAUUUCAUAGUUUUCAACAUCCUUAAUAGUAUGCAGAAAAUGUAUGCAACAUAAUCUCUAUAAAAAAACAAUGUACCAUCAUUUCAACUUCCUCGUAAGCAACUUUGUUAUUUUCUUUUUGAAAAUCCAGGACUUUAGCCUUAAAUUUAAAGUUCUGUAUUGUAAAUAUUAGAAAUUAUUACUGAGCCUUUAACACUCAAAUUAUAAAUUUGAAUGUAAUAAUGUCUAUAUUAAAACAAAUUAGUAAAAGGCUGUACUUUAUUUCACAAUGACUUAUUGAACCAAUUAUAAAAUGGGAAAACUCACAUGUAUUGCUUUUUUUUGUAAAACUAUGAAACAAUCCAGUUUUACACAAUUAUAAAAUGGUGGUUGAUAUUUAAAUUGCAUAAUUUUUCACAUUUGCACUUUCAUUGAUUAAAUAUUAACGACAAGCAGUAGAUAUUGUUACUUGUAAAUAACAGCUAAUUUUAUGUCCUCAUGCAAAAAUUUAUUUAUGCAUUGCUUGUCUUUUACAAUAUUUGAUUAGGUUAGAGAAAAAAAAAAGUAAAUUGAUUUUAUAUGGCUGCUUUAAAAUGAAUUGAGUUCCUAAAUCAUGUAUAGUUUGCCUUUCAAAACUCGAAAUUUUCUACUUGUGAUGUUUUCUAGUCAAUGUAUAUAUUUUGUUUUUAUUUGAUUGUACAUUAUGGUUUGUAAAUAGCUGUGACCAGUAUAUAGAAACUUUUUAUUUGAAACUUAUGAAAAAUGAAAUCUUUGAAUUUGUAAAAUGUGUCAUAAAAGUAAAUGAAGCUUUAUGUGUAUUACAAUAAUUUAUGACAUCAAUGUAUA